AUGCUGGGCACGCGCACACAGACAUUCGCGUACCGGCGCAACAAGCGGCAAGGCGGCAUGAGCAUGAGCGUAAGCGAGAGAUACCUACGCAGCGACAUCCCUGCCUCAGCACACACUGCACGCAGUGCACGCAGAACCGACCGAGGGCCCAUUCUGGUGCCGGACGUGGGCGCGCUUAGCAGGUUUAUGGAGCUGUGGGAGCAGCAGGACGCGCUGAAAAACAUGGUGUUCUGCCAGACUGUGCUGGAUGCGCUGGACCGCAGAGGCAGGACGCGCAGCUUGAAGAACAUCAGGCGCAUCGCCAUGGAUGAGCGCAGGCAUGCGGUGGUUUUUGCCAACGAGGUGUUUGCUGCCACCGGCGUCGAGCCUCAAGAGGCCCGCUGGUAUGCCGCGCAUCUGGGUGAGCGCGCCAUUGUGGUGACUCUCGAGGUCGCCGAGAUGGGCGGGCUUCUCGCCAGCGAAUACCCGGAGCUCAGCGCGCACUUUGCGGCCGUGCAUGCGGCCACAGCGGACAGCGACAUGGACGUGUCGGCGCGGACGCCCUUGGAGCACGCACGCCACCGGCUCCGCGCGCAGUCGGCGGCAACUGACUACGCGCGCCACUGGCCGGACGCCGACAUCCAGGCGGGGCUGCGGGCGGGCGCGCUGGUCAAGGGCACGGUGCGCCUGGCGCGCCGCGGCACCUUGGGCGUGGUCGAGCGGCGCGGCGCCGAGCCCAUCGCCGUGGCUGGCCGCGCGGCGCUCAACCGCGCGUGCGCCGGCGACACAGUGGUCGUGCGGCUGCUCAGCGACUCGGGCAGCGACUCGGACGGCCUUGACGACGCGGACGGCCUUGGCGACGCGGGCGGCCUUGGCGGCGCGGGCGCAUUCGCCACCACAGCCGCCGACCGGCUGCGCGGCGUGGUCGUCGGCAUUGCGCAGCGCAGCUGGCGGCCGUUUGUCGCAACGCUGCAGGCGGACGAGGGCGGCGGCGCACGGCACCUGGCGGUGCCCGUGGACUCGCGCGUGCCCAAGAUCCGCAUGCACUACAUGGACGCGGCGCAGCUCGCCGGCGUGUACUUUGUGGUGGUCGUGGACGCGUGGCCGGCCGACGCGCCGCACCCGGUCGGCCACUACGUGCGCACGCUCGGGCCCACUGGCUCGGUGGACUCCGAGGUCGACGCCAUCCUGGUCGAGCGCCAGAUCGCCGCGUCGCAGCGCACGCUGGCGUUCCCCGCCGCCGUGCUGCGCGAAAUGCCUGUGGCCUGGGCGCCCAGCGAGGCGGACGUUGCCGGCCGCCGGGACGUGCGCGACUGGCUGGUGUUCAGCGUCGACCCCAGCGGCUGCCGCGACAUCGACGACGCCAUGUCCGCGCGCCGCGUCGGCGGCCACCUGGAGGCGCGCGCGCGCGGCACCACCGUGUACCUGGCCGACCGCCGCUUCAACAUGCUGCCCGAGGUGCUCAGCGAGGACGUCUGCUCGCUGCACGCGGGUGUCGACCGCCUGGCCGUCUCGGUGGUCUGGGUGCUGGACGCAGACAUGCAGGUGGUGCGCACGUGGUUCGGCCGCACUCUACGGCCAGGCGCAGGAUCUGCUGGACGGCCGCCCGGCGGCCGCCUGGGCGGGCAGGCACGGGCGAUCGCAGGCGCGCUGGGAGACCUGGCGGCCGUCAUGCGGCGGCGCAGGGCGCGGCGCAUGGCGCAGGGCGCGCUGGAGCUGGCCGGCAGCGAGGUUGGCUUCAAGUUCGACGCGGAUACGCGCCAGGUCGUUGGCGCCGCGCCGAAGCCCGCGCUGGAGACGCACCGCAUGGUCGAGGAGGCCAUGGUCAUGGCCAACGAGGCUGUCGCGUGCCGCAUCGCCGAUGCCUUCCCGCGCGCGGCGCUGCUCCGCCGCCACCGCAGCCCGACGCCCGAGCGCUUUGCGCGCCUCGGCGCCGCCCUCGGCGCGCGCAACAUCCCCGUCGACUGCUCGAGCAGCGCGGCGCUGGCCAAGUCCCUGCUGGCUGUCGCGCGCGACGAGCACCCGGCGCUGGCGCUCUUGGCCCGUGCCAUGGCGACGAUGGCCAUGCAGGAGGCCGAGUACCUUGCGGCGGCGGACUGCAAUGGCGCCGCGGAGCUCCGCCAUUACGGGCUGGCGCUGGACCACUACACGCACUUCACCAGCCCGAUCCGCCGCUACGCCGACGUGGUCGUCCACCGCCAGCUGCUGGCCGCACUCGACCAGGCGGCGGAGCCAGAAGCUCUGCAGUGGGAGUGGACGGCUCGCACGGCGUUGCUUCUAAACGAGCGCAACCGCAUGUCCAAGCUGGCACAGCGCGACUCUACGGAGCUCUUCCAGGCGCUCUACAUCAAAGCGCAUCUCCAGGGAACCGUGGUCCGCGGCGUGGUCUCGGAGGUGCGCGAGAACGGGCUUGUCGUUUUUGUGCCGUCCCUGGGCCUGCGUGCCCCUGUGCGGUUGCGCGACCGCGAGCAGAUCAAAGAUGCCGAUGUGUUUAUUGACGGAUGCAAGGAGUUCAACCCUGAGCCUACCCGGCUUUCGGUUGUCUUGGCGCCUGGGCCUGGGCCUGGGCCUGGGCCUGGCCUGGGAAUACCCGUGGCGUCUGGGAGGAGGCGCCCGCAGGUGUACUUGACCCUGAUGGCGAAUGAGGGGAUGCCGAUGACCUGGGACAAGCCUGUGCGCAAGCCUGGGCCCUGGCUUGCUGCCUUGAAGGGCGCCAAGGGCGCGGAUCAGCAGCAGUCUUUACCACCACCACUACCAGCAGCAGCAGCAGCAGCGGCGGCGGCGCCGAUACCAUUGCCACCUGCCACGUACUAUUCGGUGUUGGAAAAGUUUGCUGCAAUGUCUAUCCUAGAAACCUCAUGUGAUAUCCAGGCCCUGUGA